AUGAGUCAGUUUGGUGGUGGAGGUCGUGGCGGAGGUCAUGGUACAGGCCGUCCUGGAGGACAGGAUGGUUGUACGAACUGUGCCCUGGCCGACCAUACUAGACCAGAUUGUCCAUACCCCGUAAGAGUGUGCCGAGAUCAUUUGAAGGGACAAUGUAGACACGGGAGCAACUGUAAAUUCAAUCACGUUGCUCGACUCAACCACGUUGCUCGACUCCCGCCGCCUGCUCCAGUCACACAAGACGACUCCAUUCAAACUGAACUUUUCGAUCACAGAGACAGCUUCCAGAGCAAGAAGUUCCAGAGUUCCAUCGAAAAGGAGAAGAGCCAAGCCGUACAGCAGGACGAGAUUAUCUACGAACUUCGAAAAGAAUUCGCACAAAAAGACAACCUUGUUCUCACGAAUCACUUCUGCCUGGGUUUGCCUGAUGAAAAGAAAAAUCCUCUCCACCUUUUCGUAAUAAGUGGUAUCGAAGAUGAAGUCGAAGCGGACAUGGAGAUGAAGAGCACCGAGCAAUCCGGAAAAUCAGCACAGAUGCAACGAGAUAAUGUUUCGCAUGCGAUUCCUAGGCAAGAAAUCGUUGGAACUUCUUCAACUGCAACAUCACUGCAAAAUCAUGCUACCAGUAUCCCUAAUUCGGUCUCUACGAAACCCUUGCCACGCGGGCGGAAAGAGCAACUAUUCAACAAACUGGUCGAAAAGUGUUACACGCUUCGCAAAUACAGAAUGGACUACGCCACCGAUGGAAUGAGGUUCAUUGUAGCUUGGAAAGACAUGAAAUCAGACUUCAAAAAGGAGCUCUCGCAGUCCGAUCCAGAGUCCGAUGUGGUAUUUCAAACGACUGUCGAUUUUCAAGAGGGGAGACAAGUAAAGCAUAAGACUCUGAAGGUUCAUUACAAGAACACGAUACCUAUUUCGAGGUUGACUGAAUCCUCUAACGGUACAAAGCCCUACUUCACUGUCAACUCGAAGGAUACCCAGUCUGAAAUCUCUCCCGAUCACGCCAUAAAUUUGGUUCUUGCAAAAGUUGCAACAGCGUCAUCCUCCAACGUCUUUCGGAUUGGUCGCAACAAGAUCUACUUGGAAGAUACGAUGGAACGUCUCGCGCCUGGCAUGGUCGCGUACAAGGGCUUCUUCUCGACGGUGAAGGUCGGAAUGGGUAUGCCACUUCUCAACGUUAGUUUGGCGAACAGCGCCUUCUGGGCGCCUGGCCCUUUGAUUGCUUUUCCCCGUAAUCGGGCCAUAGGUAGGAAAGUCAAGGUCUGUUAUGGCAGGGAACGCAUCAAGACAAUUCAUGGUUUCGGAUUGUGUCCAAAGCAACAGUUGUUCAGGUUUGAAGAGUACGGGCAGGAAAUUGAGAUUAGUGUUCUCGAGUAUUUGAGGACAAAGCCUGAGAUUCCGAAGAGGCUCUGGCACGAACUCAAUGCCUCGGAAAACCAUUGUGUAAACACACAGCCGAGAGGGAAGCAACCGGAAUGGUUUCCGAUGGAGCUACUCGAAAUCGCGAAGUAUCAACCAUGUGGUGGCAGGCUUUCAGGAGAUGCGACAGCCCGCAUGAUCGAAAUAGCCCGCACAAGCCCUUUUGAAGGCCUGCGACGAAUUGUAGGUCAUGGACUAAGGUUGCUGGGAAAUAACUCCGAUGCUUGCGCGCAGUCAACUUUGAACAGCGCCUCUAUUAGCAUUCAACCCAAGGUCCUAAAAGUACCCGCCCGGCAACUUCCAGAUCCAACUGUUCGUUAUGGCGGAGGUGGUAACGCUCAGAUAUUGCCGAAUAAGAAAUGGAACCUCGCUAGAAAACGAUUCUGCGACACCACAAAUACCCUUCCGGAACAGUUCCUCGUCUUGGUCCCCAAUAUCGCUGGGAGAUUGAGCAUAUCUAGAGACGAUGCUUCGGCAUAUGGUCUGGGACUUGCAACCGAAAUGCGUAACACUGGUAUACGGCCUCGCGCAAACGUAGAGCCCCAAAACUGGUUCACUUGCGAAUUGAUCGAUCUCAACACCCCAGCGGGACCCGAAGAAGGAUUUCGAGCUCGCUUGCGGCAGCUCGACAAGAACAAGUUGGUCGUGUUUGUGAACCAAAGCAAGGACUCCAGCAACUCCAUCUAUUUCGACCUCUUCAAGCGUGUUGCAGAGCAGGAAUACGGUCUACAAAACGUUUGUAUUACCCACGCAGCCUUGGCAGCCCAAAGGAACAAGACACAAUACUUCGCGAAUGUGGCGAUGAAGGUCAACUUGAAGCUUCGCAACUAUAACCAUGCUAUCGCUACAGUGAAUAUUCAACGGGGCACUUCUGAGCUCGCUGGAGUGAAUUUGAACGAUACCAUCGUUUUGGGUGCAGAUGUCACUCAUACCCAGAAAGAUAGCGAUCCCGGGUCUUUCUCUCUCGCCGCGCUCGUUGGUAGCAUAGAUGGAACCCUAGGCCAGUUCUACGGUUCCAUGACGUAUUUAGACCGAGAUUCAGAAGCCAUCGCAUGGAAUAACAUGAAGACAAUGACACAGCAACGUCUCAUGGCCUUCCACAAAAAGUCCAACCGUCUUCCUGCGAACAUCCUAUUCUUUCGUGAUGGUGUAGAUGAGGGGCAGUAUGCCCGCGUAAAAACUAUGGAGGUGGAAGGUGUGAAAGCGGGCUACCGAGCUUUCGCUGAAAGCAUCGGCAAGCCCAAGGAACCGAAGAUCACGACCGUUAUCGUGACAAAGCGUCACCACACGAGAUUCUACCCUUCCGAUGUUUCCAAUGCUAGCGAUGCAACCCGGACGAACAACUGCACACCUGGAACCUGCGUGGACUCAGGCGUCACGCAUCCCAACUAUUUCGAGUUCUACCUCCAAUCACAUUAUCCACUUCAGGGCACUGCUCGGCCUGCGCGUUACUUUGUCCUCGAGAAUGGCAUGGGAUUGACACCACGGCAGCUUCAGAGAUUUACGUAUGAGCUCUGCUACUCUUACGUCCGCGCCACGCUUCCUGUGGGUUACGCACCUCCAGCAUACUAUGCUGAUCGGCUUUGCGAACGUGCUCGUAGCUACUUCUCUGACUUUCUCAAGUCACAAGAUACCGCUGGAAGUAACUGCGAUGACGCUUCGACCCAGGGAACAACAUCAUCGAAAGAAGCGCCAUCCGCCACGGCAAAGACAUCUACCAAAGACACACAGGUAGUAGAGUCAUUCGAGCCUACUGGCAAAUGGAAAGACAGGUGGGACAUUCCCAAAAACCCCAACGGUCCAUGGCACCAAAACCUCAACGACUCUAUGUUUUGGAUGUAA